AUGGAGAUACAAAAUGAAGCUGAGCUUUGCUUUCCAGAACUCCUCAACAGUUCCUGCAGGAGGACGACACUUCACUGGUCCAAAGCUGUACUGCUGUACAUUGUGCUGUUCUGCAUUUCUCUGAUCACUGCUGCUCUAAACCUUCUGGUCAUCAUCUCAGUCUCCCACUUCAGGCAGCUUCACACACCCACUAACAUCCUCCUCCUCUCUCUGGCUGUUUCAGACUUUCUUGUGGGCCUCCUAUUGAUGCCAUUAGAAAUUGUUAGAGGCAUGACCUGCUGGGUACUUGGUGAUCUUAUGUGUUCUGUUUAUAUUUUCCUUACUGGCAACGUUACCUGUGCUUCAAUAGGGAACAUAGUUCUAAUAUCAGUUGACCGUUAUGUGGCUAUUUGUUACCCUCUGCAUUAUCCCACCAGAAUUACUGUGGCGAGAGUCAAACUAAGUGUUUGUCUAUGUUGGUUUUAUGCCAUUUUCUACAUCAGUCUUUAUGCAAAAGACUCUCUGAUUGAACCAGGCAGGUAUAGUUCUUGCUACGGAGAGUGUGUCCUGGUUGUCAGUGUUGUUGUAGGGAUUGUUGACCUUGUUUUAUCCUAUUUUGUUCCAGUUACUGUCAUCAUAGUUCUGUAUAUGAGAGUGUUUGUGGUGGCUGUGUCUCAGGCUCGCGCCAUGCGCUCUCAUGUUACAACUGUCGCACUUCAGCGUUCAUUGAAUCAAACUAACAAAUCUGAGUUGAAAGCAGCCAGGACUCUUGGGAUUCUUGUAGUUGUGUUUCUACUGUGCUCUUGCCCAUACUACUGCAUCUCGUUUGCAAGGGAUAACUAUAGCUCAGUACCAUCUAUUGUGUUUGGUCUGUUUUUCUUAAAUUCCUCUCUAAAUCCUCUGAUCUAUGCAAUGUUCUACCCUUGGUUUAGAAAAACUGUUACACUAAUUGUCACUCUACAGAUCCUGCAGACUGGUUCUUGUGAGGUCAGUAUACUGUAG